AUGCUCAAUUCGUCUCAUUGCCAUUUUGAGAAACACGAUUUUAGAAACAACAUUCUGGAGAAGUUUGAUCUAAAUAUUGAUGACAUUGCCUAUGUUGGUCCGUAUUAUUUUCCGAUCGAUGAGAACGGCGACGAGUAUUUCAAUCAUUUCGCUCAAAUUGGAAUGAGCAUUCUUUGUAUUCAAAUUAUAAUUUCUUUAAUCACAGUCCUCUAUUUCGGGACCAUGUGCUAUCUGAAAAUCAACGAAUUGGUCUCAACGUUGAAUUCGAGCUCAUUAGUCGCGAAACGAUUGCAAUCGCAGCUAUUCAACGCAUUGGUCCUCCAAACAAUCUUCCCUGUCGCCCUAAUGCACAUUCCAGCCACGUUCCUCUUCGUUGCUCCAUUGCUCGACCAGCCGUUCGAGUUUGCCAGCCAAAUUGUGAACAUCACAAUUGCAAUCUAUCCAGCAAUUGACGCGCUCCCCACAAUAUUUAUAGUUCAGAGCUAUCGCAAAGCAACCAUUGAUAUUGCCAAAAAGCUGUUCAGCAUACGGAAACCGAGCAUAGUAUCACAGCUCAGCUCACUUCGAAGCCUCUAA